GAUGGUUGUUUUCUCCAUGGGGACUGUGAGGAUGUCCCAGAUAUGGAUGCUGAGAUGGGUCGUCCUACUGGUGGGGCUGCAGUCGGUGCAAGCAGACUUUAUGAAGGAUUAUGGAACAAUGGACGUGACUAUGGACGUUAUGUGGCCAACAACAACAGCAUUCUCCAUGACAAAAGUGCCUGUAACUACAGUUGAACCGAAUCCUGAUCAUCGAUCCACGGUCUGCAGCACAUGGGGAAAUUUCCACUUUAAGACCUUUGAUGGUCAAUUCUUUCAAGUGACAGACACAUGCAACUAUGUUAUGACAGUGAUGUGUGACAUCCCCAUUUCUGAUUUUAACAUCCAAAUGCAAAGAGAGACUGUGAAUGGCUCAAUCACUUUCAGCACAGUCACAAUAGAGCUAGAGGGGACAGUCAUCAAAAUCACUAAUGGCGACAUCACCAUGGACAAAGAAAAGGUGUCUGUUCCGAUCAAUAAGAAUGGAAUUCAAAUCGAGGGAAGUCCAACAAGUGUCAAGAUCUCAAACAAACAUGGAGUGACUGUCUUCUGGGAAGAAGACAACUAUCUAACGAUUGAACUUCCUAAGAAGUACCAAGGUCUGACCUGCGGACUCUGUGGAGACUUUAAUGGCAACAAGCAUGACGAUAUCACUGUUAGCGGUCCGGCCAAAUGGAAGGUUUCCACACCUAUGACUGAAACCUGUGAGGAAGUUACACUUCCGUCCAGGGAUCAGUGUGACCAGACAAGCGUUUGCCAGCAAUAUCUCAGCAGGCCAGGGUUCGCUGACUGUUACAGGGUGAUGGACAUGGGUUCAUUUGAAAAAGCCUGUGAAGUUGACCUGUGUCAGUGUUAUGGCAAUCACGACUGUCUCUGCAACACGCUCACAGAGAUUUCACGACAGUGCACUCAUGCUGGAGGAAACCCAGGAACAUGGAGGACAGAACAGCUCUGUCCAAAGACGUGUCCUCUGAACCUGCAAUACAUGGAGUGUGGGAGUCCGUGCAAGAACACCUGCUCAGAUCCGACCGCAAGUCUACUGUGUAAAGAACACUGUGUGGAUGGCUGUUUCUGCCCUAUUGGCACCGUGGAAGACAACAUUGGUCAGAGUGGCUGUGUCAAUGUAAACGAAUGCCCUUGUGAGCAUAACGGCGCAGUAUAUCGAUCAGGAGAGUCUUACAAACAAGCUUGCAAAAAAUGUGUGUGCACCGCUGGACACUGGACUUGUACAUACCUGGAAUGUCCCGGAAUCUGCUCUGUUGUGGGAGGGUCUCAUGUCACCACUUAUGAUGGAAAGACCUUCACUUUCAGCGGCAACUGUGACUACAUCCUCACUAAGCACUCUAAUGACAGCGACAUUGCGGUUGUGGGAAAUCUGGCAAAGUGUGAUCCGGCCCGAAAAGACACAUGUCUAAAUUCAAUUACCCUCGUCAUCUCAGGGACCACUAUUACUUUUUCCUCUGGUGGAUCUGUGACAGUGAAUAAAAUCAGUCCAUACAUGCUUCCUUUCACCACAGGUUCUGUGAGCAUCUUCCAGCCCUCUUCCUCUUUCAUCAUUGCUGAUAUGAAGAGUCUUCGUCUAGAGAUCCAGUUGGCUCCAGUCAUGCAGUUGUAUAUUGUAGCCAGCACUGAAGAGAAAGGAAAGAUGAGUGGUCUGUGUGGGAACUAUAACGACAUCCAAUCAGAUGACUUUAAAACAACAUCGGGCAUCAUAGAGGGCACACCAACAUCCUUUGUCAACUUUUGGAAACAAAAUUGCGAAGAUCUUGAAAUCACAUUUGACAACCCCUGCAGCUUGAAUAUAGAAACAGAGCAACUUGCAAAAGACUGGUGUUCCCGUCUCACAAACCCAAAUGGCAGCUUUGCUGCAUGUCACUCAGUAAUAUGUCCUGAGAUGUACUACCAAUGGUGUGUCUACGAUACCUGCAAAUGUGCAGAUAUUAAGAAGUGUAUGUGUGCGGCCGUAUCCAACUAUGCCCAUGCCUGUGCUGCCAGAGGAAUCAUUCUCCAGGGCUGGAUGGAUUCUGACCCCUGUGACAUGAUUUCGAAGUGUUCAGGGAACAUGAGAUACUCCUACGGCGUGACCAGCUGUGGCAGCACCUGCCGCUCUCUCAGUGAACCAGACAACACCUGCCAAGGGUCCUUUACACCUGUAGAUGGUUGCACCUGUUCUGAGGGAACCUACCUCAAUGAAGGCGGAAGCUGUGUACAUGCUGAGCAGUGUCCUUGUUACUAUGGCAACCAGGUCAUAGAACCAUCAGCAGUGUUCUACAAAGAUGGUGCUAAAUGCACCUGUGACCUUGGCAAACUGCACUGCUCCAGUCAAGAAGACUGUGUGGCUCCAAUGACAUUCUUCAAAUGCUCAAAUCAUGGAGAAAAAGGAACGGAGUGUCAGAGGACAUGUGAGAAGCAAGACCCAAACAACUGUGUGAGCAUGGGGUGUAUAUCAGGGUGUAUGUGUCCAGAUGACCUUCUGGCUGAUGGAAAAGGUGGGUGUGUGAAGAGGGACAAAUGUCCAUGUACCCAUAAUGGAGUCCUCUAUUCACCUGGAGAGCAAGUUCAACAGGACUGUAACACCUGCACAUGCACAAAUGGGAUGUGGACUUGUACUAAAAAGGCAUGCUACGGCACCUGUACCAUCUAUGGUGAAGGUCAUUUCAGGACUUUUGAUGGCAGAAGAUAUUCCUUCCACGGAGACUGUGAACACACCAUAGCCCAUGAUUAUUGCGAUACGAACCCCAGUCCCUCCUUCCGUCUGGUUACAGAGAACAUCCCUUGUGCAACCACCAACUCCAUUUGCUCCAAGUCCAUCAAUCUGUUCUUUGGGAAAUACGAGAUGAUUUUAUCUGAGGAGGAAGAUGUGAAAGUUAUUGAAAGCAACGGCACGGAAUACAGAUAUCAAAUCAGUUCUGCAGGCAUAUAUGUUGUCAUAGAGGUUGAAGGGCUUUUGAACUUAAUCUGGGAUAAAAAAACAAGUGUGAUGAUCCAACUCAAUCAAAUAUUAAAAGGCAAGGUGUGUGGACUGUGUGGAAACUUUGAUGGUAAUGCAAACAAUGACUUUAUGAAGCACAAUGGAGAAGUGGUGACAGAUCCAGAAGAUUUUGGGAAUAGCUGGAAGGUGAAGCCCAGCUGCCCUGAUGUAACAAAUGUGUUGCAUCCUUGUGACGCAAAUCCACAUCGACAUGCCUGGGCUAUCAAACAAUGCAGAAUCAUCACAAGCCAUGUUUUUGCAGACUGCCAUUCGCUUGUGGAUUCUGGCCCAUACUAUGAUGCCUGUGAAAGGGACACCUGUGCAUGUGACAGUGGGGGUGACUGUGAUUGUCUCUGUACUGCAGUGGCAGCUUACGCUGCUGAAUGCCGUAAAAGAGGAGCUUGUGUGGCAUGGCGAAGACCAAACUUUUGCCCUAUAUUCUGUGACUACUACAAUGCUCCAGGAGACUGUGAGUGGCACUAUAAAACCUGUGGAUCAAACUGCAUUAAAACCUGCAAAAACCCCUCAGGAACUUGCUCUGAUCAAAUCCCCCCACUUGAGGGUUGUUUUCUUCGGUGCCCUUCAGAGAGGCCGUAUUUCAGGGAAGAGACUAUGAAGUGUGUCACUGAGGAAAGAUGUACAGACUGUUUCUAUGAUGGGAAUUUAUUUCCACGUGGAUCCGUCAUUUACGAAACCACAGAUGGGAAUGGUACAUGUUUCAAAGCUAUGUGUGAUUCAAAUGGGGAUAUAAUAAGAAUUAUUACUGAAUCCUGUAUAACUACAACUACAACACCUUUCACUUUCACAACUACACCUGAAACUACUAAAACAACAACCAUAUCCCCAAGUACAUCUACACCAACUUACACCAUCUCAACAAAUACUGUCACAUCAACACCUACAACUCUAGUUACAACAAUAUCAACAGAGACAUCCACAAUCACACCAACUACUGGAACAACACCUACAUCAACAGAAACACCAUCUACAACUACUGGCACAAAAACAACAUCAACAGAGACAUCCACAAUCACACCAACUACUGUAACAACAACACCUACAUCAUCAGAAACAACAACACCUACAACUGUUACAAUAACACCUACGUCAACAGAAACACCAUCUACAACUACUGGUACAACUACAACAACAACAUCAACAGAGACAUCCACAAUCACAUCCAUGACUACCACACCAGUUACUGUAACGACAAAACCUACAUCAACAGAAACAACACCAUCUACAACUGUUACAAUAACACCUACAUCAACCGAAACACCAUCUACAACUAGUACUACUACAGUUACAACAACACCUUACACCUGUUUUCGUUGCGAAUGGUCAAGCUGGAUUAAUAGCAACAUACCCAGUACAGAGCCAGAAGGAUUCGAAACUGAACGCAUCGAUACAUUGUGGAAUUCUGGAAAGAUAACCUGUCAGAACCCAGAAGAGAUUAAAUGUAGAGCAGUGGAUUAUCCACAAAAAUCCCUAGAAGAUUUGGGACAAAUAGUAUAUUGCAAUACAUCAUUUGGACUGUCAUGUUCAAAUGAAGACAAUGCAUAUGGCAUGCCACCACUUUGUUAUAAUUACGAAAUAAGUGUAAAAUGUUGUAAAGACAUUUGUAUUACCUCUACAAUGUCCCCAAGUACACCAACACCAACUACAGUUACAUCUACAUCAACAGAGACAUCCACAAUCACACCAACUACUGUAACAACAACACCUACAUCAACAGAAACAACAACACCUACAACUGUUACAAUAACACCCACGUCAACAGAAACACCAUCUACAACUACUGCCACAACUACAACAACACCAUCAACAGAGACAUCCACAAUCACAUCCAUGACUACCACACCAAUUAAUGUAACGACAACACCUACAUCAACAGAAACAACACCAUCUACAACUGUUACAAUAACACCUACAUCAACAGAAACACCAUCUACAACUACUGUUACAACAACAACAUCGACAGAGACAUCCACAAUCACAACCUUGACUACCACACCAAUUACUGUAACAACAACACCUACAUCAACAGAAACACCAUCUACAACUAGUACUACUACAGUUACAACAUCACCUUACACCUGUGUUCGUUGCAAAUGGUCAAGCUGGAUUAAUAGCAACAUACCCAGUACAGAGCCAGAAGGAUUCGAAACUGAACCCAUUGAUACAUUGUGGAAUUCUGGAAAGAUAACCUGUCAGAACCCAGAAGAGAUUAAAUGUAGGGCUGUGGAUUAUCCACAAAAAUCCCUGCAAGAUUUGGGACAAAAAGUUUAUUGCAAUACAUCAUUUGGACUGUCAUGUUCAAAUGAAGACAAUGCAUAUGGCAUGCCACCACUUUGUUAUAAUUACGAAAUAAGUGUAAAAUGUUGUGAAGACAUUUGUACGACCUCUACAAUGUCCCCAAGUACACCAACACCAACUACAGUUACAUCUAACAUCAACAUCAACAUCAACAGAGACAUCCACAAUCACACCAACUACUGUAACAACAACACCUACAACUGUUACAAUAACACCUACGUCAACAGAAACACCAUCUACAACUACUGGCACAGCUACAACAACAACAUCAACAGAGACAUCCACAAUCACAUCCAUGACUACCACACCAAUUACUGUAACGACAACACCAACAUCAACAGAACAACACCAUCUACAACUGUUACAAUAACGCCUACAUCAACCGAAACACCAUCUACACCUAGUACUACUACAGUUACAACAACGCCCCUACACCUGUUUUCGUUGCGAAUGGUCAAGCUGGAUUAAUAGCAACACACCCAGUACAGAGCCAGUAGGAUUUGAAACUGAGCCCAUUGAUACAUUGUGGAAUUCUGGAAAGAUAACCUGUCAGAACCCAGAAGAGAUUAAAUGUAGAGCAGUGGAUUAUCCACAAAAAUCCCUAGAAGAUUUGGGACAAACAGUAUAUUGCAAUACAUCAUUUGGACUGUCAUGUUCAAAUGAAGAAGCAGAUGGCACGCCACCACUUUGUUAUAAUUACGAAAUAAGUGUAAAAUGUUGUAAAGACAUUUGUAUUACCUCUACAAUGUCCCCAAGUAC